GAGCGAGACUUCACGGAUUGCAAGAAAAUGGCAGACAAACCGGACAUGGGGGAAAUCGCCAGCUUUGAUAAGGCCAAGCUGAAGAAAACCGAGACGCAGGAGAAGAACACCCUGCCGACCAAAGAGACCAUUGAACAGGAAAAGAGAAGUGAAAUUUCCUAAAAGCCUAGGAGGAUUUCCCCCACCCCACCCCACCCCAUCAUCUCCAAGACCCCCCUCGUGAUGCGGAGGAAGAAUCACCUGCAAGAUGGACGCAAGCCACAAGCUGCAC